CAUCCAUGUACAUUGAUCCGAGCUACUCGCCACCAGUGAGGAGAGAGCCGCAUCGUUUGCUCUCUCUUCCAAGGCGGUCUAACCGUGUGAGAAACUGGCAAAGGACCGCUUGAAUCAACAUGAUGCCGCGAUUGCAAACAAGAUAGUCGAUAGGGAGGCGCCAGGGAAACCACCGACGGUCAGGAAUGCGUACAAGAGGUUUCUCAGCAUGCUCUCACCCAUGCAAGACAGGGGGAUGCUCCCGUAGGGGGACACGUCCGUCAUCCUCCUCUUCCUCGUCCUCCCCAUGACCGGCCCCGACCCCCCGAGCGUGGGGGCCGCCCGCCCGGCCAAGCUAAACCGGCACGGCCGCUCCAAGAGCUCGAGUGCCCACUGUCUUCUGCGUCGGGCCGCCGGCGAGGAAUCCAGCGAAGGCAGCAGCCCCAACCGCGAGGAAGAGGAGAAGGACGGAGGGCUGCUCUUCUACGUCAACCGCGCCGGCUUCCCCAUCGAGGAGCCCACCUGGGAGAGGAUGUGGGCCCACGUGGCCGCCGUGCACCCCGAGGGCAAGGGGAUGGUGGACACCAUACGCAACGCCGCCUACCUGCCCAAGCAUCACGUGCCCUCGUUGCCCACUUUCAAGCCGGCUAUGUCGGUGCCAGACUGGCUGGUGGUGGUCCAGAAUUUCAUGAAGGCUCUGCAAUACAACCACACGGGCACGCAGUUCUUUGAGAUCAAGAAGAAGCGGCCUCUCUGUGGGUUAAUGGAGACGGCGCGGGAGAUGGUCCGAGAGUCUCUGCCAAUCAAAUGUCUGGAAGCCGUCAUCCUGGGAAUCUACCUGACCAACGGCCUGACAUCGCUGGAGCGAUUCCCCAUCAGCUUCAAGACGCACUUCUCGGGCCACUGCUUCUACCACGUGGUUCUGGGCGUCUACUGCAACGGACGCUACGGCUCGCUGGGCAUGAGCCGGCGCUCGGACCUCAUGGACAAGCCGCUCAGCCACCGCACGCUCGGCGAGCUGGUGGCCGACUUUGAGAGCUCCUACAAGCGAUACCAGCACAGCCUCAUCAAGGUGAAGAUCGGCCUCUACGUGCCUCACGACCCUCACGUGUGCCAGGCCAUUGAGUGGAAGUACCUGGUACUCAACGCCACCAAGAUGGCCGCGCCGGAGAUGAAGCGCGAGCUGGAGAAACACGGGCGGAACAUGAGGAUGAAGAUCUUGAAGUCGUCGAGCGCUCAGUCCCCCAUCAAGGAGCGAAGCCGCGGCAAGUCUCUGUCGCCGCGCCGCCACCGGCAGGGCGGCAGCCCGCAGCGACGACUGCCGCGACGCAGAGACAAGUCGCCGGCGUGCGUGGAGCUGAAAUCUUCCGAACUGAGCACACUGAGUGACGGCUACCAAAUCCGAAUCUGACUUCCGGAUCCUUCGGCGACAAUCGCAACUGUAGUCAAUCGUCCUUGACUCCGCCCACUUCAAGACAACUCCACGCAAUCACCAGGCAACCAGUGCGAAUUUCACACUUUUACUAAGUGCAAAGCAAAAAAAAAUACAGCUCUAUUUUUAAAUUGAACUUGUGAAAUCAAUCCAGUUUUCUUGGUUCUUGUCAUUUGUGGAGACGCAUUUGGAUUAUGUAGCAUCGCCCGCAUUGAGUCGAACCUCGCGAAGCUCAAAGCAGAUUUAUGGGAGGAAACAGAUGCAAAUGGAAAACAUGCCGGAUGAAGCAAUUUUAUGACCCAGCGCCGGAUUUGAAAAAUGUGGAUGUUCUCUCGAAGCUUUUCCGCGGCGAUCUAUGCACACACGUCCGUUUUGCGGGAUGAGCACAAACGCGGUGACGCGGCUUUGAUUUUACAUUUGUAAUGUCAACUUUUUUAUCUUGAAUGUUUUGUUUUGGAUUGUAAUUGACAUUUGAGUGUAAUGCAACAAAGGAAGUUUUGUAUUUAAAGUCCAUUCAUUCAGCUAAAGAUGUUUCAAUGUCUUUCAAGUUGAACCCCAAAAAUCCAUGUGGAUGAUGUGACCCCCCCCUGAGCACGUUUGCUUUUGUAACCACAGCAACCACCGCCCUAUUCCCAUACCCUCUGUUGGAAGUUCAACUGUUGUGAUGUCAUCUGACUGUUACCACGACAACGCAUGUCUUCUGUGAUCAAUAAAAUAGUUUUGUUUUUCUU